AUGGUCAACGCCACUUCUGCUGCUGCUGGUAUUAUUGGUGUCAUCGUUCUUGCUCGCCACGGCGACAGAACGCUGUACUACCAGGAACCACUAACGUACAGGUCGCAGCAAGCGUAUCUCACGUCUCUAGGAGCGAAUCAAGAGUACCAGCUUGGUUCUUUCCUCCGUGAUGCAUAUCUCGACUCCAAUUCGUCGUCGCAUAUCGAGGGUAUCAACCCUGAGAAUGCUGACAUGCAGCAGCUCCGUGUUCGUGCAGAGGGAGGUGGAGGCAACGCCGGUGUCACCUCGGCGUACAGUCUGCUUCAGGGCCUGUAUCCCCCUACCGAGACGGCCGCAAUCAAACUGCACAACGGGUCAACGGUCGAGGCACCUUUGCACGGGUACCAAUACAUUCCAGUGGAGACUAUUAUGCAGGACGGGAACCCCAUGUUGACGCCUUGGAUCGACUGCCCAUAUUUCCAGUCCCACCUAAACAGGACCUUCAACUCUUCUGUUUGGAAGGACAUGGAGAGGGAGGCUGCUCCGUUCCUAAACGCGUCUAAGCCGUUCAUUGGCAGCAUGGACACGAACUUCACGAACAUGUAUAACAUCUACGAUUACAUGAACGUGCAGUCCACCCACGAUGAGGGCUAUCGCAAGGCUCUGCCUCCCACUUUCUUGGAGCAAGCUCGCCAUUUUGCGAAUAUGCAACAACGCGAAGUCUUCAAUGCGCAGCCCAUCAACGCGAUCGGAGAGGUCGCUGUUCGCACCCUCAUUCCGGAGAUGAUCUGGGCGAUGGGAAACAUGACGUCCAAUGAGAGCCCGCUAAAGCUCGCGCUGACCACUAUCGACUACCAGCCGUUUAUCAGCUUCUUCAACGUCACCAAUGCUACAGUUAAGGACCCCGAUGUUGCCGGCAUUCCCAACUACGCAUCGGCCUUGGCGCUUGAGGUGUUUGAAGGCAAGGACGGCGAACCCGAGCUGAGCCUCAAGUUCAAGAACGGGACCGACGACAAUGAGUUUCGUUCGCUCACGAUGUGGGGUAACGACCGCGUGUCGCUCGAAACCUUCACCACGAACCUGGCCUACCGGACGAUCAAUAACACCCGCGACUGGUGUUUCUCGUGCAAUGAGACAUUCUCGAGGGGAUGCUUCGCAAUGGAUUUCAGCAAGGAUCCGUUCUUGAACCCCGCUGCCGCGACUUACUAGGCAUUCGCAAUCGUGGUUUCUUUUGCUACACUUAGACAUGAUAUCCUACAUAUUGUCAAGGUCACAUAAUACAUAUACAUAAUUUAUGGGGUUUUCAUUGGUCUAGCUACUUCCAAUGAAUGGAUUCUGAGGAUACAGUCUUGGUAACGUAGAUGAUCUUCCAUCGAGUGCUGUGUGCAGCCCGACGCAGCCCAUACCACGGCGCCACCGCAGCGUUGGGUCCUCGUAGCACGCCGACUUUAUUCGUGGUUUGACGAAGACAAACAUGUGUGGCUAAAUUGCAUGCACACAGUUAAUUUCAAGCGUAUUCAGUCUAGAGAUACCGGUCAAGAAAAUAAAGGUUCG